ACAGAAGCCAAGAACUGUCAAGAGCUGUUGGGUAAAGGGAAGAUCCUGAGCGGCUGGUACACCAUCUACCCCCAAGGCUGCAACGCCACCACCGUCUUCUGCGACAUGGACACAGAUGGCGGAGGGUGGAUUGUUUUCCAGAGGCGCUGGGAUGGGUCAGUGAACUUCUUGCGAGAUUGGGAUUCAUACAAACGAGGCUUUGGCAACCAGCUAACGGAGUUCUGGCUGGGGAAUGACAACAUCCACUUCCUCACCUUGCUGGGACCCUGUGAACUCCGCAUUGACCUGAGAGACUUUGAAAACAACUACUAUUUUGCCAAGUACGCUUCAUUCAGAGUUUUAGGAGAGUCUGAGAAAUACAAACUGGUUCUAGGAGACUUCCUUGGUGGAAAUGCUGGAGACUCCUUAUCAUACCACAAGGACAUGCCAUUUUCAACAACAGACCGGGACAACGACAUGAGCAACUUUAACUGUGCCAUAGAAUACAAGGGAGCAUGGUGGUACAAUGACUGCCAUUACUCCAACCUGAAUGGGAUGUACUGGCUGGGCGUUCACGGGAGCUAUGCUGAUGGCAUAAACUGGAAGACGGGCAAAGAAUACCAUUACUCCCAUAAGAGAACAGAAAUGAAAUUCAGGCCAGUUUAACAUGGCAAGAGGGUGUUUGACUAGCACUCAAAGGCGCCACUCAACAGCCAAAAGAAGACACAAAACAUAACCGUUUUUGAGG